CAUUUGUGUGUCUAUCUCCAGAUAUAGAGUGGUGCUUGGAAACUUUACACCACGGCUGAGACUCUCGCUGUGACCGGGCUGACGCACAUCAGACUUAGCGAGGAGCAGAGACUGGAGACAAGAUCGGCCAGAGUCCUCAGCGACGCAAUGGAGGAGAAUAAUAAAGCGGGGAAAAUUAAACUUACGUCCUGCUUCGUGGCGAUCGGAUUAAUUUUAACGGUGGUCGCGGUCAGCACCGAUCACUGGGCAUUCCUUCGCCCCAGGCUGGAAAAGUCCAACACCACUUGUGAGGAGGCGCAUUUUGGGCUUUGGAGACUGUGUACCAAACGUACCUUCAUGACCGCUGUGGAUCCCGACGGCGGGGGCUGUGGGAUCACCACUUUUCCCGGAGAAUACAACUGCACAUAUUUCAAGCACUUCACUUCAGGAGAAGAGGCAGAGGUAUUCCAAAUUACCACUCAGAAGGAAUACAGCAUUUCGGCAGCAGCAAUAGCCAUCAUCAGUGUGGGGUUUAUGAUACUAGGCACAUUCUGCACCCUCCUAUCCUUCAGCAAGAAAUUGGAUUAUUUCUUGAAACCGGCUGGCAUGUUCUUCAUCUUUUCAGGUCUUUGUAUUAUAAUCUCUGUGGAGGUCAUGCGGCAGUCAGUGAAACGGAUGAUAGACAGCAAGGAGACUAUUUGGAUCCAAUAUGAAUAUUCCUGGUCCUUUGCCUGUGCCUGUGCCGCCUUUGUUAUUCUCUUCCUCGGUGGGAUUACCCUUCUCCUGAUCUCUCUGCCACGCAUGCCCCAAAACCCAUGGGAAACAUGCAUGGAUGCACCUCCGGAGCACUGAAAAAGCAGAGGAAUACCAACACUUUGUUACAAUGAGUUUACAGGCAGGGAUUAGGGUCCGAUAUUCUGGUGAAGAUGGUGAUGAAGUUUAAAGGGGAUCUUGAUAUUAAAGCUUAUUUCUAAAAAAAAAAGUGUUUUACAUUAUAUACAUCUGAUUAACAGCCUACGUAUUAAACAAAAAACAAGAACAGGAAACUGAAAAUAAUCAGGUCAGCCAUCCAGCCAAUCUGACUUCCUGAGCAUUUUCAGCUUUUUCAAUUUAUAUUUUUUAUUUCCGUUUUCUGCUAUCUACAGUAUUUUCCUUUUAUAAAUGAACAUUAAGAUAGCUUGAAUCCAAAAUGAAACCAGUUUAUUGUUGGGAGGUUAAUUUGCUAGGUUAGUUAAAGCCUAAACCUUCAGGUGGCUUAUGCAAAUGUUUAGUUUAUUUAAUGCAUUAUCAAAGACUUGGAAGAGUUUCUCCAAAUGUGAACGCUAAUAUACACACGCAUUGGUGAUGCAUCUUUAGGGGUUGGGAGUUACAAUGACUUUUGUGGUGGCUUGUACUGUUUGACAGGAGACUGUCCAUUUAAGUUCUCAGUGGUUCACUCUGAAUGUUGAUUGUUUGAUUCACAACUGUAAAUGGGAAGAAGGGGUCAUUUCACAGAGAGACGUUGGAAUUCUCUGCCUCGGAAGGCGGUGGAGGCCGGUUCUCUGGAUACUUUCAAGAGAGAGCUAGAUAGGGCUCUUAAAGAUAGCGGAGUCAGGGGAUAUGGGGAGAAGGCAGGAACGGGGUACUGAUUGGGGAUGAUCAGCCAUGAUCACAUUGCAUGGCGGUGCUGGCUCGAAGGGCCGAAUGGCCUCCUCUCGCACCUAUUGUCUAUUUAAGCAGAUUAGGUUCUCACAACUGCAGACAACUAUCCAAGCCUUCAACAACUCACCCGAAUGGCUUUAAAGAUCAACAAGUGAAGAUCUACACAUCAUCUAAUUUCCCUUAUAAUUUAACUCUCAUACUCCUCCAGGUUCCAAAACAAUUUUCUGCAGGAUUUGUUCGAUUAGCAUAAAUAUCCAUUUUACAAUUGUACUUUGGAACAUCUGUGCAUUUUCACAAUAUAUUCUCGACGAGAAGCAUUGCUAAACCUAUUUAAAAAAAGAUUCAAUUGCAAAUCAUAAAGUGCUCAACCGCACCAUAAAGGUUCACUCUGCUCAGUGUACUGAGUUGAUACUUUUAAUUGCCCGAUUUGUGAAAUUAACUGCAAUAAUCCAACGCACCAGAGUGAAACGUAAA